AUGCUAAAACGACACCGUUUAGUUUCUUCUUCCUCGAGUUUUUUUUCCAUCGGUGAAAAAUCAGAUAUAGCUUCGACUCACCGUCUUCACUCCUCUCCACCACCGUCUUCUCUCCUCCCCACCACCGUCGAUUCUUACACUUCUCUCCACCACCGUCGAUUCUUAAGCUCUUCUCUCUUCUCGGUGAAGCUCGGCAAUCAACAGCCUUGGCCCUUGCGACUCCGACCUCCAGCCAAUGCAGCCAUUUCCUUUUCCCGAAGCAAUCUUUCGAUUGCUCCUUGCAUGCGAAAUCAGAGAACUCAUACCCUGUUUAUGUUUCUUCUUAGCUUCCGGCGAAGCUCGAAAUGGGACUCCCCAGGCUUUGGGAAAAAUGGAGGAAUUGCAGGUUCUGGUUUGAGCAACAGGCGGCUCUCAGUUUCUUCUCCGUCGGAGGUACCUUAUGUUGCCAAGGACCUCGGCAAUAGAGUCAUGAUUCGUCUGGGUUUCGCACCAUGUAGCGCAACCUCUGAUUCUUCUCAUGGAGCGAAAGAUUCUUGUUAUCGAAGAGUGGAUCUAUUGUUGGAUGUUAAGACUCUUGGUGACAGAAAACUGUGA